UGGAAACAGAGCAAAUUCCGUUAUCCCCAUUCUUCUCCCGCUAGGCUACUUGCUCCUUUUUUCGCUUCACUCCAAUUGGCCCUAUUCACCCUAAUACUGACAAUUUCACCUUCAAAUUAUCAGAUAAACAAUAGCACAGGAGUAUUUGGGGGUUCCAUUUUCUUGAAUCUUGAUUAUCUCAUUAGUAUUUUCCUAGCUCUUCAAUGAUGCAUUUGUGGGUGCUUUUCCACUGAAUGCUUCAAUGAUUUCUUGGAGUUAUAUCUUUACUACUGCCCUAUGAGUUUGAAAAAUGUGGCCUACUAUACAUGUCCUUAAUGAGCACUUCAAUGGUCUUAUGUCAAAAUUUGCUAUCUUUCAAGAGAACUAGUUCGGUAUUUGUGCAUAAAAAGUCUAUUAAUGAGGUUCGCUUUAGUGGGGGUAGGAAGAAAUCUUUUGGGUCUACUCCAAAUGCAAAGAAAAAGCAUUCAAAGAAGAAAAGCUGGUGGAGGAAGUUCUUUCUUGAAGAUGAUGGGAAUUGGAUGGGACUGAAGGAUGAGGAUAUGCUUGAUGGACUUGAAUCUGAAGGUUUAGGUAGUGAUGAUGAAUUAUCAGAGAAUGAAAAGUUUGAAGCUUGGAAGAGACGAGCCGAGGCAAUCAUGGAGUUAAGGGAAGCACAAGAAGAUACAAAGAAUGAGGAGAAUAGGAAGUGGGAUGAUUGGCUUGUGGAUGGAAAUGUUGAUUUAGGUAAUGGUUCAUCAUGGGUUCAGGACUCCAUUGGAGAAUUUGAAGAUAACAUGCUGGAAGAUCCUAGUGAAUUAAUACCUGGGAGGGGUUUGGUUAAAUCUGUGAGGGAUAUCGUACUCGGCAGGGAAGAAGAUGAUAUGCUAUAUGAAGAUCGUGUUUUUCAGUAUGCUUCAUUUAAUUCUGCUAAGUUCUUGGCACUGCUGAUAAUUGUCCCAUGGGCUUUGGAUUUUGUAGUUCAUGACUAUGUUCUUAUGCCUUUUCUUGACAGAUAUGUUAAGACUGUACCUUUAGCAGCACAGAUGCUUGAUGUCAGAAGAAACCAAAAGCUUGAAAUGGUUAAGGAACUGAAGACUGAGCAAGCACGCUACCGCCUUGAGGUUGAGAUUGGCAAAUCUCCACCUUUGUCUGAAAAGGAGUUGUAUCUGGAGCUACGACACAAAGCGUUAGAGUUGCGGGAUGAGUGGAGGUUAGAAAAUCGCAAGGCAUUUGCUAAUAUAUGGUCGGACUUUGUCUUUGGGGUCUCAUUAUUCAUUCUUUUGUACUUCAAUGAGAGUAAAGUAAAGCUACUCAAAUUUACUGGUUACAAGAUACUAAAUAAUAUCUCCGACACUGGCAAGGCAUUUGUGAUUAUUCUGAUAACUGAUAUCUUUUUGGGGUAUCAUUCUGAAUCUGGUUGGAAGACUUUGCUAGAGAUCCUUCUGGAGCAUUAUGGUAUUGAAGUUGAUGAAUCAGCGAUAACCAUAUUUGUCUGCUUGGUUCCAGUUAUAAUGGAUGCCUGUGUGAAGCUUUGGUUGUUUAAGUUCUUGCCGAGGUUAUCACCUAGAGUGGCCAAUAUUUUCCAAGAAAUGAGGAGGCAUUAGAGAGCUCUGGUUUCAACUGCAGCAGCAUCUACAGGUAGAACAUACGAUCAGUCCCAUGUAAAAGGACUGAUACUUUUCGCCUUCCUUUCCACUUUUCCAUAUAUAGAGGCUCCCUAACCUGAAAUUGGAGUAAAGUUUAAAAGGACAUUUUGUAUUUUUCAUAAUGUGAAUAGCUUGUCAUCAAAGUGGCAUCAUUCCUUGAAAUCAUUCAUACUGGGAAUAUUUGUUACCCCCAUUAUUUGUUUUGCCAACAGUAUUCAGAUUCUGAAUAAAAUAGGUUUGUUAGAGGCUUGAAAACACCUCUUUGUAUCUGGGAACUCUUUAUAUGAUCUAAACUUUAUAUGUAAACAUCCUUUCAGUUGUUAUUGUACUUUCUUAUUCA